CCAAAAGUCAACACAAAUAUCAUAUCAAUUGGUUUGAAGUGAUUGAGAGAUUGAGACAAAGGGAUGACAGAUAUGGACAAAACAAACCAUCGGAUGUUAGCCAUCGCUAAACAGAAUAUGGUGGAGUCUGGAGAACGGGACCAAUUGAUGCAAUUGUUGCGGACACGACUUCUGGAGUGCGGAUGGAGGGAUCAGGUGGUGAUGGAGUGCAAGGAUGUGGUCAGAGAUGUCGGCGUCGAGAAUAUAACGUUAGAUAAACUGAUAGCAGAGGUGACGCCGAAGGCUCGCCAAACGGUUCCCGAUUCUGUGAAACGAGAACUGCUUCAGAAGAUCAAGAACUCCAUCUCAAACCAGAGCUCACUCUCCUCUUCGGCGCCUUCCUUCUCAUCGGUGUCUUCGGUGUCAUUCAAUCACAACUAA